AUGCCAAACAAAGGUCAGAGUACGAAAGUCAUCAAUGCUGAUGAGAUUGCUCAAAAAUUAGAAGUAGUCUAUGGUAUCGACCCAGGCUCGAUCUAUAUCAGUACUAUUGCGAUCAAUAAUGGUGAAACAAAUGCCGAUAAUCAUCGUCAACCUCACAGGAAAAAACGUGACAUACCUACGUGUAAUCAGUUGGGGUCUCAUCGCUCAAUUGUCGGAAUGAACAUUGAUAUAGUCUAUCCGGAAGCCACUGAUUCAUCAUUAAGUUCUUUAUGGCGAUCACUGCGCGCUGCAACAAAAUUUACAAAGCAAGAUUGA